GCGACUGUGUAGGUGUGCAGGGUCUUUGCUGCCCAUAGCUGGGGUGGACAAGAGCUCUGAGUUCUGUGUAUACUGGGUUGCGCAGGAACCAGGGCCGGCCUCGGUUUUCCCUUGCCCGGCUGGGCUGCGGAGAGAGCACGAGGCUCGUAUCGCUCGCCGCAGAGGAACAGCUGGCCGGGACCGGGGGACGCGCGCGCUGACCAUCGGUCCGCCGCCGGCAGCCGGACCUCCGUCAUGGCUGACCACCUGAUGCUCGCCGAGGGCUACAGCCUGGUGCCGAGGCCGCCGCCCGCCGCGCCCGCCCACGGCCCUCACGCGCUCCGGACGCUGCAGCCGUACUCGAGCCCAGGCCUGGACAGCGGGUUGCGGCCGCGGGGGGCUCCGCUGGGCCCGCCGCCGCCUCCACAGGGGACCGUGGCUUACGGGGCCUUCGGGCCGUCGCCCACCUUCCAGCCCUUCCCGGCUGUGCCACCGCCGGCGGCCGGCAACGCGCACCUGCAGCCCGUGGCGACGCUGUACCCAGGACGCGCCACCAUGCCCCCCGGCGCCCCAGGAGGCCCCUCAGGCCCGCAGCCCGCACCGGGAGCCCCGGCCCCGCCACUGCAGCCGCCGGCGCACGCCCUGGGCGGCAUGGACGCCGAACUCAUCGACGAGGAGGCGCUGACGUCGCUGGAGCUGGAGCUCGGGCUGCACCGCGUGCGCGAUUUGCCCGAGCUCUUCCUGGGCCAGAGCGAGUUCGACUGCUUCUCGGACUUGGGGUCGGCGCCGCCCGCCGGCUCGGUGAGCUGCUGAGCGAGGCCAGGCGCCUGCCGGGCCUGCUGGAGAGAAGGGGCCCAGCCUGCCUGCCGGACUCCGCCCCCAGCGUCUGGGCCCGGCACGCACCCUCCGUGAGGGUGGAGGCCGCGGUGAGUGCACCGAGCCGACGCCGGCCUGGGACGCCUGGCCUCACUCCAGGCCCUGCCUCCUGCAGGAUGACAAUUUGAGUUCAUCUCUCUGACCCGGAGCCUCAGCGGUAAAAUGAAGCGGGAAGGAAUCCCCUUUUCGGACUCCCAGUUCUUAGAUUCUGUAUCCUCUCCUCUAGGACUCUCCCCGGCCCCAGCCCCCAAUCUGAGCCAACCCAGGCCUCUGCCUGAUUCCCCCUCUCCUUGUGAAGCCCACUGUCGUCAUUGGGUCCCUGGAGCCACCCACCCGCCGGGUCCCCAGCCCUGCGGCCUGGGCCCUGAGGUCACUGGGCACUCCGCCCUGGGGAAGGGCAGAUGGUCCAGCCCUCACGCCUGUGGAGUGGAGCAAUGCCCCAUCUGGCCUCCAACACCAAAAUAA